AUGCCGGAGCCCCAGUACAAGGACCUCAUCUUCCCAUCUCAGGAAGCGCAGCCGUCGCUCUCAUCCUUGCUCACGAGCCUGCGCACGCGCAACCUCUCCAUCCACAACCGCCUCACCUCCAUCCGCACCGACUCAUCUUUCAUCCUCCACGUCGCGUCGCUCUACCCAUCGCGCCCGCUCAUCGCCAAUGAGAGAUGCGGCAGCUGGUAUAUCCCGCCAGAGCGCAAGGGCGGGAGCGCCUACUUCAAGAGCACCGACGGCCACGAGCGCGCGUGGAAGUUCAGCACUAGGAGGUUGAAUCUGCACCUGGUGGACGCUUUUGAAAAACACGAUGGUGCCAUCAUCGUCGAUUCGACACGCCGUGGCAAACGAAUGCCCGAUGCCCUGUCCACGACCAUACCCAUAUGGUGCACCGUGAUCAACCUCUUCCUUCUCCCGGACCACCCUCUUUCAGGCAACCUCUUCUUACCACCAAGCCACUCCUCGAGCACGCAUGCGCAAAUCAAAGCCUUGAUUCCAGAGUUUCUUGCCUCACUCAAAGCGCUCAAUCUGGCCUCCGUCCCUACGACCCUGACAAAACCUCUGCGCCCGUAUUGGGUGACGCAAGACUCGCAAAUCGAGGCACCUCACAAAACAGUGUACAGCGACUAUCGACCAGUCAUCUGCUGCACGGCUAGUAGACGCGUCGUUGGGGGAAGUGAAAGCGACGAGGGCGGCUACAUCCAGGGCGCGGCCGACGACACGGAGAACUGGGCCCACGGUCUUACGCCAGACAUUUUUUGGAGGAACGUCGAUGACUUACUGGCGACGGAUGAAGAUGACCUCUCGGAUCUCAUUCAUAAGCUGAUCGCACAGGACAAGUCGAAAAGGAAGGCCAAUGCGAAUUUGGUCCAAGUCACGCCCAGGAUGUGUGUCUGCCCCCUGCCAUUGGAGCCGGACGCCUCAGCUUGCUGCAUCAAAUUGACAAGCGAGACAUCCAAGCCAGAGACCUGGGCCAAGUCACCACGCCUCAUCGAAGUCGGGCUUGGAAGUGGAAAAGCUGCUAGUCGCAACUUGCGACUUGCUCUGCCGCACAUAUGCACUUUUGCGUCCAAAAGUCUCGACGCCGGGGCAGAGAAGGUCAUCAUUGCGUGCGAAUCGGGCAGAGAUCUGUCCGUCGGCACGGCACUCGCGCUUUCUUGUUACCUUUUCGAAGACGACGCAGGCACAGUCCGCCCCGCCGGAGACGAACCCACCUUUACAAAGACCUUUGUCAAGAUGCGACUGGGAACAAUCAUGACCGCCUACCCAGCUGGCAACCCUAGUAGGAACACCUUGCAAGCUGUCAAUAGCUUUCUCAUGGAUUGGCGAAGAUGA